CGAAGUCGUUCGCGCCUUUGGAAAAUUUGCAUUGUACAGUCAAAACAACGUUUAAAACCAAAACACUGUGGAAUUCCACGUAACUCUGAGAAAAUAAUAAAUAAAGGCAAACAAUAUAGCUUCAAUGAACAUCUGCGAGGUGGAUGCUCUACCAGAUACGCUGCUCCAGCGCUUCUACGCGAGCUGCGAGCAGCUGGAACUGGACCCAAAAAUUCAGAAUAGCGCCAUGGCCACAUACAGGCGGUUCGAAGCAGACGGCAAUCUCGCCCAAAGUGGAGGCGAUGAUAUGGCUCACGAGUGGCUAUGCUGUGCUGUCUACAGCGAGCUGCAGCGCGUGAAGAUCCGGGAGAUGCGGGAGGAGUCGAAGCGGGGAGCACCAAGUGAUCCCCCGGAUCAGAUCAAAAAUAGUUGUUGGAACCUGUCACUGACCCGUCUCCUUCGAAGCUUCAAGGUGAACGUGUCGCAGUUUCUUCGCCGGAUGGAACACUGGAACUGGCUGGCCCAGAACGAGGGAACCUUCCAGCUGGAGGUGGAGGAGCUCCAGCGACGACUGGGAAUCACUUUGACCCUGAGGAAGCACUACAAACACAUCUUCGAGAAGCUAUUUGUCCAACCGGCCGAAGAUGCGGAUUCCGAGGCAGUGACACUUUACACGUCCCUGUACGAAUUUGGAUGGCUACUCUUCCUGGUGAUCCGCAACGAGUUACCCGGUUUUGCCACUUCGAGUCUGGUGAGCGGGUGCCAGGUACUGGUAUGCAGCAUGGACCUUCUAUAUGUUAAUGUUCUGGAGGUGUCCAGAUCCGUAGUCAUUCGUCGUGACUUUGCCGGAGUUCCUCCCAACUGGGAUUCGGAGGAGUUCGACAGUAGUUUCCUGAGCAAAUACAGCGCCUUGGAGCAUAUUGUUGCUCUCAUCCCGCAGCUGCCGGCAAAAGGAGUAGCCCAGAUGAAGAAAGCCUUUUUCCAUAAGGCUCUUAUGGUGCUAUUUAUGGACCACAUCCUUCUGGGAAACAACAUUCACAUGCGGGAGAUCGUCAAGGAGGGUAUGUUGGACGUGAACUUGGGUACUUUGAACAGAAAGUACGACACUCACGUGGCCGACAUCAGUGAGAUGGAUGAACGGGUCCUGCUGUGCUUCCAAGAGAUGAAAGAGAAGCCAAAGGACCCCAAUGCCAGCCCAUUGUCCAUCUCCACAACCUCUACCCCCUCCUCCACGUCGAAACACAAGAGACUUCUCUCCCAAAGCCUGCCACUGAAGCUGGCCCCUAGGAUUGUGGAGUGCCUGAAGGAUGAAGGGAAAGGUGUAAUAAAAUAUCUGGAGCAGUCUCUGAAAUCCAUGGGCCAGAAGUUCAAUGCAGCCGCCAAGGAUUACAUAACGGCCCAGAUGGCGGACGAGUGUUUCCGCCUAGCCAGCGGGUUGUACUACAAAUUUAUAGAAAAAAUUGUGACCUCGGAGAUGACCCUAAAGCCCUGGCUGAAGAUUAGCAAAUUAAUUAAGCAGCCCACCCUGACCGAAACUCUACUGGCCUGCUGCCUAGAAGUGGCACUGCAUGUCCAUCACGAGGACGUGGAAGAACUGCAAUUCCCAUUUAUCCUGGACUGUUACUCGCUGGACGCCUUCGACUUCCAGAAGAUUCUGGAGGUGGUCGUGCGCCACGAUCAGGGGUUACUCGGGCGGGAAAUGGUAAAGCACCUGCACGCCUUGGAGGACGAAUGCCUCGGGUCACUGAUCUUUCGCCGAGGCUCUCAGCUUUGGCGGAGUUUGGGUAAGUCGUCCCACUUACCGGGCUACCAGGAUGUCCAAGCGGAGGGCAAGGAAAACGCCUCGACGGGUGCUGAGAUAUGUCUGCGAAAAUUCUACGGGUUGGCCAAGAGGCGCCUCACUGUGCUCUGCCAGAGUAUUGGCGUAGUAGAGAGCUUCGCGCGAAUCUGGCACCUGGUCGAGCACUCGUUUACCACCAAAGGUGGCCAAUUGCUGCGACAGCGCAGUGUGGAUCAACUGCUUCUCUGCGCCAUCCAUCUUAAUGCUCGCUUGCAGGACCUGCGUCUCUCCUUCAGUGUGAUCAUCCAGCACUAUAGACGCCAACCGCAUGCCCGCAGCAGCGUCUAUCGCGAGGUGGCCAUGGACGAUGGUCACACGGCAGACAUAAUCCGCUUCUACAACCGGAUCUACCUUCGGAGCAUGAGCACCUAUGGACGACUGCUCCAUUGCCAGGAGCCUCUGGGCAAUAAAACUAAGAAGGAUACCAAUGUUUUGCUAGAGGCAUCACCCCUGGAGGCCCGGCUCGCUAGGAAUAUCUGUGUCACUUCGCCCUCGCCGAGCAUCUGCUUGAGGGAAUCCUGCUCAGCCCUCGCACUACAAACAGAGCGCGAAUCCUCGCCGGUUUCCGACGCAGCACCCAACUUGAAGCGCACUCUCUCCAACAAGGAGCUGGGUAUCACCAAGCGGCCGAACAUCCUGCGAAGACGCACCUGCUUUCAUUGAUCCACCUGGCUAAUGUAUAUCUUGGGGCUUUAGGAUAGAUUGUAAAAAAUUAAGUCCUUACAGACGUAUCCUGAUCUUUCAGGACUCUUAAGGAAAUCUCCUUACUGUAACACAACUGAGAACUGAAUAGAGAACUCCAGCUCCUGGAGC